GCGAUCAACCCAUCCCAUCGACAGUAACAACUUCGAAGACAAAAGGUGAUGAGCAGAGAACCUGAAGAGCUUGAAACUAUUUCAAUCUUGAUUAGCUCGCAACCUUGCAAAGUUUGAUGCCAUCAUCAUUACAUUCAUCCUAGCUGGGCUCUGUGUUUCAGCCUUGUGGCUGGGGACAGUUCUACCACAUCUACCAGUCUCGAUACAACAACUUCAUCGAAACCCAAUUCCUUCACGGUCGUUCAACCUCAACAAUGAAUGCUACUUACGGGUUGGACGGUAUAGUCACAUUCAAAUGGAAUGUAACGCGCUAUGACCCAACUGUAUACCUCUGUCUUACAACUUCAGGAUCCUCUAGAGGUGAUAUUUCUUCUUGGUUCCCUCAAUCGUCGGUAUCUACCACAGACGGAACUAUGGCAUAUGAAGUGCCUUCACUUGGACGAGCUUUGAUUAAGGAGAAGUAUACAGCUUGGCCCACUGCGUGUAGCUUUGGUAUGUUAUUCGUCGGCACCCAUUCACGAGUUUUUAUUCCGAUUGCGAGGACGUUCUUCUAUGUGCAGCUAACACCUACGAGUAGUCGAUCGACCAGCAUGAUUAGUCCGCCUCCAACAACGAUCACUCAUAUAGUGACCAGUAUAACGCCAACCGAGGCUCCAGUGCAGCCAACAUCGACGCAGUCAUCCUCAAUGAAUGAAGACGAUCAUCAUCUAUCCCAAGGCGCCAAAGCAGGUAUCUUCAUUGGCUCCAUAACAGGUGUACUCAUCAUCGUAGGGCUGACACAGUGGCGGAAAACCGUAGUACUGCGCAGAAUUUCCGCGUCAGAGGGACUGUUAUCAGGGUUCCAGGAGUUGAUUGCCCCGGUCAAAGCAGAUUUUCGAAGAAAGUCUCAUGCAAAUGAACCGACCGGCUCGGGUAUUGAGAAGAGUGACAAGGUAGCGCAUGAAUUGAAUACGCCUCAUCCGGUAUUUGAGCUGGAAUCUCAGCAGCAAUACAGUGAUGGUCCACACGAGUUGCCUGGGAAGUAGUCAAUACACUGACGAGUUCGUGUGGCAUGUUUAUCAUCAUCACCAGAGCGAUAUAAGAGAAUGAAAUUCUAUAUAACUGUAGUCUAAAGAU